AGGACCUUCUCGCUUCGGGGACCAGUUGGCUGGGGAGGGGGUGCGCAUGCGCAGUGGCUUCACCUAGCGGGCGCCGGCCAUGGCUGAGUGGACUCCUGCCCAGGCUUGGGAAUGGGAGGUGGAGCCGCAACACCUGGCCUCCUUCCAGCCGCCGGCCCUCUUUGACCAAGCCGCCGAGAGGGAGAUCUACCCGACGGCCGAGAUCUCGCUCUGGACCGUCGUGGCUGCCAUCCAAGCCGUGGAGAGGAAGGUGGACUCCUAUGCCACACGGCUCCUCAACCUGGAAGGCCGGACGGCCACAGCCGAGAAGAAGAUCUUCGAGUGCGAGAAGACCGAGCUGGAGUUCAGCAACCACGUGGCCGCCCUGGGGACCCUCAUCCAGGAGUACGGCCUGCUCCAGAGGAGGCUGGAGAACAUGGAGAACCUGCUCAAGAACCGAAACUUCUGGAUCCUGAGGCUCCCCUUGGGACCAAAGGGAGAAAUCCCCAAGGUUCCUGUGACCUUUGAUGACGACGCAGCAAGCUUCGCCCCCCAGGAGUGGGCCAGUUUGGAAGACUGGCAGAAGGAACUCUACCGGAAUAUCACCAAGGGGACAUACGAACCACUGAUCUCCCUGGACUCUGCCAUUUCCAAAGCUGACAUCCUCCCACCAAUGGGACAAGCGGAGCCUCCCCGUGCCACCGAUCACGAAUUUGUGGGGGGCAAGGGCUUCCCUGCAGAGCCCAGAGCAGAAGCGGAUCCCUUGCCUUCCAAGGAGGACCUCUUGACCUGGAUUAAGCAGGAAGAGCUUCCCGGGAGAGGGAAAUGGGACCUGGAGCGAGAGAUCCCCCCAGUUCUCAGCUAUGAUGACAGCGCUAUGAUCAAGCGCGAAGAGCGUAAUCUGAGGGCGGCUCCCAAGCUCCCUCUGCCCACCCAGGGGCCGCUGCUUCCUGGGAUGGCCAGCGAAGACGUCUUCCAGGCCCCCAAGCCGGACGGAGGCUGUGAGAGGCAGGGCUGUCCUCAGGGGGAGAAACCGGCCCCUCCUGCACAGAGGCCCGAAGAGGAGCGCCCCCCGAGGCCGGGGGACUGCUGUGAAGGGCCGGAGGCGGCAGCCCCUCCGGACGCCAGCCCCAAGGGAGACCCCUUCCCCUGCGGCAAGUGCCGCGACGGCCUGGUCUAUGAGCAGCGCUUCCCCAUGCCCCUGGGCGCCCACGCGGGGGGCGUAGAGUACAGCGAAGGUGCGACGGCUGAGCCCGUCCCACAGCAGAUCUCAGAGCCCGACGGUUCCUGCGCAGACUACAAAAGCGGCUUUGGGGACCAGGCCUUAUCCCAGGCGGCGGAGAGACUCCACACCUGUGCACUGUGCCCCAAAAGCUUCCGUCUGAAGACCAGCCUGCUGAUCCACCAGCGGACGCACACGCUGGGCAAGAGCGAGAGCGCCUUCAUUUGCGCCGAGUGCGGCUGCGGCUUCAGCCACCAGGGCCAGCUGACCCGGCACCAGGCGGUCCACGCCGAUCGGCCGCACCAGUGCUCGGAGUGCCCCAAGGCCUUCAACCGCAAGUCCAGCCUGGCGGUGCACCUGAAGACGCACCGCGAGCGGCCCCGGCCCUUCCACUGCCCGCAGUGCUCCAAGACCUUCAUUCGCAAGCAGCACCUCGAUGACCACACCCGCACGCACACAGGCGAGAAGCCCUACCAGUGCCCCGAGUGCGAGAAGCGCUUUGCCGAGAAGUCCAAGCUGACCAACCACUACCGCAUCCACACGGGUGAGCGCCCCUACCGCUGCGGGCAGUGCGACAAGCGCUUCGUCCGCGCCCACCACCUGGUCAAGCACCAGAGCAGCGUCCACCAGGCCGGCGCCAAGCCACACGCCUGCCGCGACUGCGGCCAGAGCUUCCCCCAUGCCCAAGCCUUCAUCAGCCACCAGGCCAGCCACGCCAAUGGCGAGAGGCGCCACCGCUGCACCGAGUGCCUUAGGACCUUCGCCCGCCGGAAGUACCUGCUGGAGCACCAGCGCAUGCACACGGGCGAGAACCCCUACGCCUGCCUCCACUGUGGGAAGCGCUUCCGCUACAAACAGUCGCUCAAGCAGCACCUGCGGCUGCACGGUGGCGAGCAGGCGCCCGCAACACCCAUGCCGGGCCCCGAGCAGGCCCUGGCACCCAGCAGUAGCAGCAACAACGCCCCACUGGAGAAAUCUCUCUUCCCCACCAACCUUUCCAGCGGGACAUGAGGGCACGCUGCAGACAGACAGCGCUCCCUCGGCCAAUUGGACAGGCAGACCGCAAAGCCAGAAUCCCGUUUGCGACCUCGAACCUCCCUUUGGCAUACAUUCCCACUGGUGGGGAUGUAUUUUUGCCAAGCGGGGCUGAAGCUGCAGGCGGAUGAGCGGCCGUCCGAGCGCUUUUGCACCCCUCUCGCCACAUUUUCCGGAAAUGCUUUGAGAGCGAGAUGGAGCGAUCGAGAAUGUCGGCUGGCGCUGGCGCUUUCUGGCAGUUGCCGGAACCGUCUCAGCGUUCAGUCUUGGGCAACAGGAUGCCUGAGAUGUGGUUGUGUGAAUCGGUCCUGUCCAGUCAUCAUUCAGUCUCUGUACUGUGGGUGGAGCGAGGAUGCCUAUCAUUUCUCUGCGGCCUCACAGCUUCCUCUGCCUGUGAACGUCCACAGAGAGAGGCAGGCAGGCACUGCAGACUCCCAGCUCAGAUCCACGUGCUCAGCAGCCUUGGAGAAGCUGCACACUCUCCGACCAGCCUGCUUGAGAGGUUCCUCGUACAGAUGCGCCGAAAGGGGAACGGUGCUGCGGAAAGGAGAUUUGAAGAACAAGAAAAGGCAGGAAGGCGGACCAGAGAAGUUUGUGCAUCAGGAAUGACCCAUUCCAGUACCCCAAACUGAGGAGAAAUAUAGUUUGAGAGGAGCCUUCUGACUGGUGGGGGCAUUAGAAGUAAGCCCAGGCAGCUCUGUGGGGCACGAUGGACUGCAGUGGUUGUAGGGAAAGGGAGUGGUUCCUCUGAGGCUGAGCAAAACAGCUGACAUGUUUCUGAUUUGCCUGCCUGCCAGAAUGUGAAAUCGGCUCU